AUGGCCUUCCAGCAUCCCUCGUCGCUCCUAAUCAACGGGCUUUCUUUUCGCCUUCAGUCGCGCUGGGCGCCGAGCAAGCGCGCAAAGCAUAUCUACGAUCUUUCGUUCACUCUGCAUGACGAUCAAUACCAGACUAAGAUUGCCUCUCUGUCCGCGCAUGUCAUCCUUCGCGACCUUCUGGGCGCUUCUCGUCGUUUCGGUCGAGAGAUGCAUGUCGCCUCAAUCAGCGCGCGUUUAUUCUCCUACUUGUUCGAUUCACAGGCUCGUCUGGACAAGAAAUAUAUCUCAGACUCGCUCAUGCGUGGUACCGGUGUUUGGGGCCAUGAGCUGGACAGGGGAAGCUUCCUCUUCGUGACAGACAUAACCGUUGCAGAAUCUUACAGGCGGCAGGGUAUUGCCUCGCGUCUGCUGAACGAAGUUCUGUCUGUAUCAUCCGGUCCAAUGCGGUUCUCCGCCAGCCGGCGCCGUUCUUCUCGCCCAGUCGUGACUACGUGUGCGUUUGCGGUAGUCUGGCCGGCGUCAUCCGAAACCCACAUAUACUCCGAGGCCGCUCUACAAAUGGUUCAAAAAGUCGGUUUCAGACGCAUAGGGCGUUCCAUCUACCUCUGCAGGGCUCUUCACGACUCUACACACCCUUCUCUUUCGCUUUCCGCUCACGAAGAUGCUGAGCCAGCGCCGUUUGAGGUCAAGCAGCCAGGACCGACGGCCGACGGCCGGCCUUCGCCGUAUAUGACGGAAGCUCUCAAUCAGGAAUACUGGGCGAAUCACAUCCGCCCUAUACAUGCGAUCAUUGAAGACAAGCUGUACUCUGACAGUUUUAUCGUCGAUGCUCUGGGCAAGCCUAUGACAGAGGAGGAGCGGAGGGAGAUCUGCAUGCCUGAUUCAGACUGGUUCAACUGCACGCCGCUCCACCUCGCGGCCAGCCAGUGUCGGCCGUCGGUCAUAGAGAAGCUCUUGUCUAUGGGCGCUGGCGAGUGCCUCUUCGCCAGAGACACACAAGGCCGCACGCCCUUAGAUUGCGCCACCGAGGAGGAGGAGUCCAGGCGGGAUAUGCAGAUGAUCUUCCCCGGCGUUCAUAUCGGCGGCCCUGAGGGAGGUCACGACACCGCGCUGGGUGCCGACCCUUCCCCGGCUUUCCAGUGCCGGCGAAUUCUGCUUACCGCGAUGGGGCAGUCCGCUCCCGCUGAGGAACGGCCUCGGAGCCGGUGCACCUGCCGCGCAUGCAUCGGGUAUUGUUUUUCAUCGGUCAUGUUGCAUCAGAUUCACUGCAAGUCUAUUUAUCCCGCUGCAACCGGCGACGCGUUGACUGACAUCAUCCGAACAGUUCAUGCUCUCGAGACUGCCGUAGCAGUGCAGUCCGAGAUGGAGGCGUGUCGCCUAGAUCAAGCAGGUGUACGCGGCGAGUUGUGGCCGGCAUCUAGGAUCCCGCCCUUGCGCUUCAUCCCCAUCUCUAUCCGUCAAUCAGGUAUAAAUGCAGCCUUCUUGCACGGAUAUAUCACCGUUCUCCGUGCCAUAGCGGAUCUGUCGGAGACAAAUCUCAUCCCAACCCCAGGCGCGGUCAUUCAUGAAGUGACGGCCUUCGGGUUCUUGGACGAGGAGGCUGGCUACGCCGGCUCGCAGGCAAUGCAGGUUUUCCUUGGGAAGGGCGGCAAGGUAGAGCAUGCAUUGGACGCUGUACUCUUUGCAGCCCAGGUACAUGCGCGUCUUUACUGGAAUAUAUUUUGUGUGCUGAAUCCACUCCAGGAAUCAGGUUCCCCGUUCGCCCGCAUCAGUGGAAUUCUUGGCGUACGGCAAUGCCAGAACGAUGACCAUUACGCUCUUGUUCGCGCAGAGCUCGACAUCGCGGGGGACAUUUGCGGCCCAUACGAGAUGCUAUAA